UAACAUAACCUAAAAUCGGCUCUUGUAAAUAUGAUUUCCAAAAUACAAUUAUGAAAAAAAUAAACAACCUACGAUAUUUUAAAACAUACGUAAUUGCAAUACUGUCGUUUCUAUUAGGAUGUACAAUAACAAUAAAUUUAACACCAAUAGAUAGAACAUGCAGAAUUGAAAACAGUGAUCGAGAAUAUAAUAUUAUGAGCGAUUCGAAAUUGAAGGAUCCAGAACUGGUGAUUUUGAUUCUGUCGGCCCCCAAUAAUAUUCAACGAAGAAAUUUAUUACGAAACACGUGGCUUAAACUACAAAGUCGCAAUAAUGUGGAUUUUAAAAUUAAGCAUUACUUUGUUAUAGGAAAUUUAGGUUUAUCUAAAUCACAGAAUAAAGAGAUUAAGAUGGAACAAUCAGAACACAGAGAUGUGUUAAUAUUGCCUCUUUAUGAUAGUUAUAGCAAUUUAACUGAAAAAGUAGCUAAAAGUUUUCAUUGGUUGAGUGAUCAAUAUGAUUAUGGAUUAAAUUAUAAAUACCUAUUGAAAUGUGAUGAUGAUUCAUUUGUUCGACUGGAUAAUUUAUCAGAUGAAAUACUGAAAAUGGAAUCAUUUUAUAUUAACCAACCACUAUCUGCAAUCCAUGAGAUGGAGAAGAAAAAUGAUUUUCAAUUUCUAAGAAUCAACACUCAAAUGAAUAAAUUCACCAGUGGUAAUUUGUCUCUAUACUGGGGUUAUUUCUCAGGUAGUGCCAGGAUUAAGUCCUCAGGGAAAUGGAAGGAAACUGAUUGGAUAACAUGUGAUAGAUACACUCCUUAUGCUGUGGGUGGUGGUUAUAUUUUAUCAAGAGCAUUAGUUCAAUUUAUUGCCAAAAAUGACCAAACAUUAAGAUAUUUCAACUCGGAAGAUGUCAGUGUAGGUUUAUGGUUAGCUUCAGUAAAUAACAUUCUUAGAAUACAUGAUAUUAGAUUUGAUACAGAAUGGACUUCAAGAGGGUGCAGAAAUUUUCAUCUCAUCACACAUAGUAUUUCAGAAAAAGAGAUGAGGCAGCUUUACAAUAGAAUUGUGAAUGAAGGGAAGCUUUGUGCCAGUGAUAGUAUUAAAAGACAUUCUUAUUUUUAUAAUUGGACUGCUCCACCUAGUCAAUGUUGCACCAAAGCCAUUAUUUAACUUGCUUUUUAUAUUAGUAGUUUUUCAAAAACUUAUAGAAAUUAAUUUAUUUGUGAUUUAAAAACAUAUUAAAUUAUUUUUAAUUAAAAUAAUAUCUAAUUAUGUACUAAUUAAUUUAUUAUGAAAAACAAUACAAAUUCUAUUCUAGAAAUUUUUAUUCAAAGUCAAUGAUUUUCAAUAAAAGUAUACUAUUUAAAUAUACACAAAUCGCUUAAAAUAUCUUACUUUCCUAGAAUACAAUUGAAAAAUACAAAUAUUGUAUAACAACACUUUUGUACUAAUGUCAGUCAGUAAAUUAUGUUCACUUAUUGUAAUUACAAAAUAUACAAAAAAUAAAUAAGACAACCAAGAACAGAAGCAAUUUACAGGCAGACCAUUAACUUAUUAUAAAAUUAAAUAAUUAAAGUAUUAUCACCAUUA